AUGCACCAUCCAUUCUUCAUUCUGACAUGGUAUCAGUUAGCGCCACUCCUAGCGUCGCGUCCUACCCGCCCUUUCCCCCUCGUCGCAUCCCUUUCCCCCCGUCGAGUCGCGCCCUUUUCCCCCCGUCGCGUCGCGCUCUUUCCCCCCGUCGCGUCGCGCCCUUUCCCCCCGUCGCGUCGCGCCCUUUCCCCCCGUCCCGUCGCCCUGCCCCGUCCCGUCCCGUCUCCCCGUCCCGUCGCCCUGUCCCGUCUCCCCGUCCCGUCUCCCCGUCCCGUCGCCCUGCCCCGUCCCGUCCCGUCUCCCCGUCCCGUCGCCCUGUCCCGUCUCCCCGUCCCGUCUCCCCGUCCCGUCGCCCUGCCCCGUCCCGUCCCGUCUCCCCGUCCCGUCGCCCUGCCCCGUCCCGUCGCCCUGCCCCGUCCCGUCGCCCUUCCCCGUCCCGUCGCUCUGCCCCGUCGCGUUGCCCUGCCCCGUCCCGUCGCCCUGCCCCGUCGCGUCGCCCUGCCCCGUCGCGUCGCCCUUCCCCGUCCCGUCGCCUCUGCUCCGUCGCGUCGCCCUGCCCCGUCGCAUCGCGCCCGCCCUUUCCCCCGGCCCGUCGCCCUAGCCCGUUCUUCCGCUGCGACUAAACCUCUUGACUUUUCCGUCUGGCUUCUUCGCGCUCGCCGUCUGUUAGAGAGUCAAGUCCAGGGGGGCGAGACCCUCUGGUCGCACGCUACUGGUGACCUCCCCGAGCCCCCCGAGCCUGCCGCUUUAGGUCCUGCCCCUGACGAUGCUGCUACGGCUCGCUUUGCCCGUCAGCGCGCUGACAGGACGGCUUGGACGUCGCGUGACGCUGCGGCCUGCAUCGCACUCAGCAGCCUCCUCCCUGAGUCAGAGGAGGUCCACUUCACUCAGGUUCGCACCGCUGCUGCGUACCUCACUGCGAUUAAGGCCCGCUACUCUACUCCCGCUACUGUCUCUCUUGGCCGUCUUUUCCUCCCGUUCCUGUUUCCUGAUCUCGCCUCGUUUGAGCGCUCUGCUGACUUGAUCGCUCACCUCCGCUCGCUCGACGCUAGUUACCGCGCUGCUUGCACUGAGGCACAGCUUGCACUGCUUCCUCCCCCUAUGGCGAUUACUAUCUAUUUCAUCGCCACUAGCCUCCCUGACCGCCUUGCCUCCGUUCGCGACGCGCUUCUGCUGAAGCACCCUAGUGAGCUCACAGUCGAUGUCCUUGAGUCUGCACUCAAGGACGUCGAGAGCAACCUUCGCUCGGUAGCCGCUGCCUCUGGUGCUGUGCCCCCCCCACUCUUCCACGGGUGCACAGUCCCGCAGUUACCCACCUUUACUGCCUCACUUGCCACUGCCGCUACUGACGCGACUGCAGCUGCUGUUACGACUGCGUCGCGGUCCCGCGGUAGGAGUGGCAAGAAAGGCGGUUCUGGUGGUGGUAGUGGAGGUGGAGGCGGAGGUAGUGGAGGUGGCGUUGCGCCUGGCGGCGGUGGAGGUUCAGCGCCUGGAGAGGCGCCUCGUGCAGUGACUGGUGACUCCACUGCGCCUGCUAGUGGUGGCGACGCCCGGGUUCGUCAGUCGCCUCCUGUACUUCCUGCCCCGGUUGGUGGAGCAGCGGCGUGGUACCAGGCUCAGCGUCAGCAGCAGCUUCUGCAGCACCAGCAGCCCCUCUCCUCCCAGCAGCCUCAGCAGCAGCAGCGGCAGCAGCUGGCUCCAGGGUCGGGGCUGCGUCAGACCCAGCGCGGUGCUGCUUACCCUCCCUGCACCUACCAGGUUCUGACAGGCCCUCGUCGUGGCCACCCUUGUGGCCGGUUUCACCCCCCUGGUCAGUGCUUUGCUCAGCUCACUGACACGGUUCGUUUGGUCUACGGGGUUGGUGCUCCUGCCCCUGACUGGCUGCCUCUUGUUCAGCGCUACGGCUCCGCUCUGUGGGGCAUGUCUGCUGAGCAGUUAGUUGAUCUGAUUGCUUAG